GCUUGCAGCAUAUCCUUGAAAUGUUAGAUCUAUGCUGUUGCAGUUACUUUUGAUGUCAGAGUGCCUUUCAUUUAAGUACUUAAUAACUUUAUCAGCAGAUGAUGAAUUGUUGGGUGCUGGAAGUUCCAUCGAUUUUCUUUUUUUCUCUGGUCUUCGAUUAUGACAUGAAAUUUGCUUCGAUGUUUCUUGGUCAGUACUUGCUUCGCUUAGUAUGUUUUCAGUCAUUUGUGUAGCUUCAUUUUGAACGUCAGAUGCUUCAAUUUCUUCACUUACUCCUAUGUUGGUAUCAGCAAUAUUAGAAUCUGUUACAGCAAAUUGUAAGAAAGGUCGAAAACUUUCCAUAUGCUGUGCCCAAGGCCAGGCUUUAUAGCGAGAGAUCGACUUAGCUGCUUGUCCAGUUCGGGUUUUCUCGGAGCAUUUUUGGCAACCGGCGACUCUUACAAAACAAUCGGUCACAGUUUUCGAUUGGGAUUUUCAACAGUUGCUAUAAUUGUUGAAGAGGUUUGCACUGUUAUAUGGAGUAAACUGCAGCCAAUUUAUAUGCCAGAGCCCAUACAAGAGCUAUGGGAAAAAUCAGUUUUGGGCUAUGAAAACUUAUGGCAGUUUCCCAACUGUUUAGGAAGCAUAGACGGGAAGCACGUGACAAUCAGGUGUCCCCAAAAUAGUGGAUCAAAUUAUUUUUCCUACUUAAAAAAAUUUUCAAUUGUUCUCAUGGCGAUUGUUGACCCUGAAUAUAAAUUUAUUUGUGUAGAUGUUGGUGCCUAUGGUAAAAAUAGUGAUGGAGGUAUCUUCGAGCAAUCUGCUAUGGGAAGAAGAUUUAAAAAUGGCACAUUUAAUAUUCCUCCUAACAGGCCAUUUGCCGGUAAAGAUGAUGAGGUUCCAUGUGUUUUGAUAGGCGAUGAAGCUUUUACCUUAAGUACUUACUUAAUGAGACCAUUUCCCUACAGACAAGCGAGAUAUGACCGUAAUAAAGAAAAAUUCAAUUACCAUCUAUGUAAAGCUCGUCGCGUUGUGGAAAACGCUUUUGGCAUACUGGCACACAAAUGGAGAUUUUUUUUUAGACCCUUAGAAGUAAAAGUUAGCACGGCUACAAAGCUUGUAAAAACAGCCUGUGUAUUACACAACUUUUUACGGGAAAAAAAUAUUGACCAAAAAUAUCUUAAUCUACAAGAACACAAUGAUAUGCCAGUACAGGUAUUCCAUCCCUUGCCAGUUGAUAGAAGAAGAGCGGUAAACCUAGCGUUUGGGAUACGUGAAAAAUUUGUUUCCCAUUUCAGUAAUUUGUAAAAGUAUGUCACUCAUAAUAAACUUACACAUAUUAUGUCCAAAAGUAUGGAAUUGUUAAGUAUUUUUCUUGAUAUUUAAGAUUUUACUUCUUGGUUUAUUUAAACAUACUUUAAUUACUUUACAACACGACUUGAAUAGU